AUGUCAUCCAGCGAAGAAAUAACCAAUCGUUAUCUAGAGAUUUGUGUAGGAGCUUCUAUAGUUAUACUAUCUUUCGUGUUUUGCAUUCUCUAUGUGCCUAUAGUCAUUAUUUUCUUAACUGACAAGGAAUAUUCUCAAUCAAGAGCUUAUACCAUUAUGACAUGGAUUGGAAUAACUGAUAUACUACAACUCAUCAUUCAUCUAUACUCUGGAAUUCUUGUCAUCAACGAUAUAGAUGUCACAAAAGACAUGAUUAACAAAAUUACGGGAGCCGUACUCACUGGUUUAUGGGAUUGUAUGUUAAUGCUUAUGCUGUUUUUGAAUGUGAACCGAGUGAUCGAAAUCCUAUUCUCUAGAUACUCGUCAUAUACCGUAACAACUUAUAUUUAUAGGUUUUGUUAUUUACUAUGUUUCUUGAUGUUUCUUGCUUGUUGCAUUCUCAAGUUAUUACCUCGUAACAACUAUAUCUUUAUUACACAACAACUCUAUUGGGGACCGUUGAUAGAUGACAACGAAGUCGCUACGGUUAUGCUCUACGUUGGUAACUAUCUAGUACUUCUAGUUGUCAUAUGCUCACUCCUCACAUAUUCUGCCAUCUUCAUUUACAUAGCUCUGAAGACUCAGUCGAAGCUGACAAAAGUUGAGAGACGUCUUACAAUCCAGAUUUCAUUGCUGUUGUUAUAUUUUCUUUUCACAUAUGUGUAUUGGACAUACAUUAUGAGCUUCUUUCCUUCAAAUUAUAUUUCACAUUCAGUUUCUUUGCUUAUAUGGAUAGUGAUGAACGGUAUUCAUCCUAUCAUCUAUCUCGUAUUCAACAAGAGAUUGAGAAAGUCCUUUUUGAUAUUCUUCCGUCAAUUAAUGUCAUUACAAAAUCCACGUAAACCUAAUCAAUGGACAACAACAAUCUCUCGACAACUUCAUUCAUCUCAUUAG